AUGACCUCGGACUCGCUCUUCCACCCCCAGCUUCGCCACUACAUCAGCACGGCUGAUCCAGAUCGCAUAUAUGUCGUCGUCGAUCGAAUUGUCGUUGCGAUCCACAUUGCGGCGCAAAAGCGGGAGAGCAUAGCCGUCAUUCCGUUCGAGCCGCGAUGCUUGGCGGCUGGUUACGGGUGGAUCGCGGUGGGUGGGCCAGACAAUGGUGAAUGCGCUUACAUCAGAAUCGAUGAGAGAGGACUGCAGGUUCAUGACGGGACAUCUCCAUUCCGCCCCGCCGAUGUCGAUAGUGCGCUUCCGCUCGACCUAGAGCCACCGUCCCGGCUCCCGUCGCCGGGAACCUCUGAGGGUGCCUCGGCAUCUCGUCUGGGGAGACGAUCAUUGCCGGAACUUAUCGUACACAAAUUCGGAGGCAGUAUUGUCAAUUCGGUGACAAUCCAUCGCUUCCCUAACAAUGGUGAAGGCACCUCUCAUGAAGAUGUGAUGGUCCUCAGUAACAACGAUCAUACCGUGACCGUCUACUCCUUGACUCGAUCCAAAGUUCUCAAGAUUCUCCAACAUACAACAUGUAUGAACUAUACCACUAUCUCACCAGAUCAGACCAUCUUGGCUGCAGUGGGCGAUGAGAACAAAGUUUAUUUCUAUCGGAUUCUGCGUGACUGGGGGUCAUCUGCAUCUACGGAAGCAGGUAGCAAACUCGCGGGCUGGGAAUGGGAAAUGCUGCAAUGCAUCGAGAUAGAAAUCGGCACUCGCCCUGAUGACGCUUGCUGCUUCACUAUUGCCUUUUCACCAUCGAGCCACUUGUGUGCCAUCGGGUCCCAAUCAGGAGUCAUAACGGUCAUAGAUGUAGAGGUCAUUCGCCAGACUUCCGGUGGCUUCGAAUCUGAUGAAAACCCGAUUCUCUACCAGUUCCUGGCUUCCCGGUCCUGCCAGGAGGGUGGCGCCGUGCGUUGCAUGACUUUUUCCCCUGAACCAUGGGAUCUGUUAGUAUGGCUUGAAGGCCAUGGACGAGCUGGAAUCGCAGAUGUUCGCCAGUUCUUCGUACGAAGGCAGCUUCUACAUCUGAACCUUGAUGACCCGCAGCUGCAAGGGGCUCAUUUGGAGCCCCUGGGAGACGAAUCAGAUGAACAAUCAAUGGAUGAUGACGAUUUAUCUGUACUGCCUCCGCCUCCACCGCGUUUGAGAAUCAAUGGUGAUGAACCUGCAAUUGAGCAAGGCGCUGGAGAGAGUGAACGUUCUUCGUUGCGCGAAAACUUAAUACAGGAUCUCACCGAGCGGGAGAGAAUAAUCAUGGAUUUUCUUAACACAGCACGGUGGACGACGAGACCGGAAGAAGGGCUAACCGAACGGCCAGAACGGCCAGAACUAACAGCCAGAGAAAGAAUGCGUAUGGCCCGCGCACGACAACUCGGCGCCACAGAUGGGACAACUCGAAACUCCCAUCCUAAUUCACCCCCGCACACAUAUGACUCUUCGGAUACAGCUCGAGAUGUCGAUGGAGAAAUAUCCCUGCCGCCACCGCUACCUCCGCCUCCGCCGCGCAUGAGUCAUUUCAGACGCGCGGGUGGCCCUCCCGAACGGUCAUACCACACUAGGCGUCAAAGUUCGAUCGUUCUCUCACAGGGAAGUCGAUCUUCGGAAACCGAAAAUUCUAAUCAAGAUCCUCAGCCCAGCCUUACCCUUAGUUGGACAACGUCGCCAUCCGAGCUUCUCUCUGCCGGACCAGACAUCACCUCACGGGGUAUUGACCCUGAUCUCGUCAGUCAUGAAAACGACUUGGGUCCAAGAACUCCGGAGGGCUUAGGAAUAGGGCCCUCCCCAACUGACCCUAGCACCUUGGAGGCCCUCGCUAGACUUAGGUCCCAACGAUCCAGUUCCACCCCACGACGAACCGAGCGACCUCAGACAGCGACAGAACGAAGAUAUGAUAGCUCACGUCUAUCUAACUAUGAAAUAAGAUCCAAUCUUGCGGCGGAGCGUCUUCGACGCCGCCCAAUAGCCAGUGAGGUACAUACCUACCGCUCCUCCCUUGAACCAGAACGAAGGCGUCGCCAACACUUUUUUGGUUUUGAACAGGCCCAUUCGCCCCGCUGGAUCAGGAAUAUUAUCAAUGACCUGCCUGACCGAAGCUUGAUCCACGGCUCUGGUGCCGGUGAACCAGACGCUACAGCUGGAUUAGGCUGGGGCGCCGACGGGAGAACAUUGUACAUUGCCACAGUGCAAGGAAUCUUUGAGUUCCAAUUAAACAUCCACGACCGACGAACUUUUCCGUCAAUUUCAUACCGAUGA